AUGCCUUCUACAUCAAUAGGAUCCGUAGCUCAAAUCUUGAAACUUGCUCCCGAAACUUUUGAGGAAGCGCUGGAAACUGCUAGCCGUGUAUUACGAAGAGGAGGAAUAAUCGCGUUACCAACUGACACAAUAUAUGGUGUAUCAACCCUCUUACAGCAUUCUGAAAAAUUGUUUGACUUGAAAAAAAGAUCUCACGAGAAGCCCUUAGGUUUAUUUCUAUCAUCGGCCGAUGAAAUUUCCAAAUGGGCUCAGCAAACUAUUUCUCCCGAACUUGCAAGAAAACUUCUUCCGGGCCCUGUCACUCUACUAUUCAAAAGGAAAGAAUCAUUGCCACGUUUCUUCAAUCCGAAUAGUGAUAAUGUAGGGAUUCGUGUUCCUUGUGAUGAAUUUGUUAGUGCCCUAUGCCAUUUGUUGAAUGAACCAUUAGCUCAAACCUCAGCCAAUUUGAGUGGAUCGACAGUGAAUCCGACAAGCUUACCUGAUUUCGCGGAAUUACUUCCUCAUAUCGACCUAGUGAUCGACGGAGGUGUUAUAGACACUAGUAAUGGGUUGGGAAGCACUAUUAUAGAUCUUUCAAAAGUUGAUGGAUAUUCGAUCAUACGCGAUGGAUGCGCUAAAGAAUCAUCAGAACAGAAAUUGAAAGAGGCCAAUGUUAAAUGUUUAAAUUGUUGA